AUGAUUUCGGUUGGCGAGGAUGAAUUGAAUUUCUUUGAGAUUGCAAAGAAUUUAGAAAAGGUCGCUAUUAAUGAUAUAAAAAAAAUACGCACAAAUGGACGUUCGUUAAAUCAUAUUUGGGUUGAGAAACCAAUAAUAUCUUCAUUGGCAACAAAUACAACAAAUACAAAAAAUACUAAUGGUGAUAAUUUGUUCAGCGAAUAUCUGCCAGAAAUUGGUAAAUCUUUACCAACCACAAUAAAAACAUUUAAAGUUAGAAAUGUUUUAUCAUUUUCACCUGAUUGUUUAAAACAAUUUCUAGCCAAUUGUAAAGGUGAAUUGAAAUACUUGGGAUUUGCUAGUUGUAAAGACUUUUCUAGUGCACAUUUGCAGGCUAUUAUUGAUUAUAUUGAAAAUAAAAAGAGAGACGGUAAUUGUGGUGUUGGUGAUGAAAUAUUGAAAAGAUUAAAUGUGAGAGGUUGUUAUUUAAUCAAUUUCGAAGAUUUAUCAUAUGUUAAAAAUUUCAUAAAAAUUGUUAAUGGUAAACCUCGAUAG